AUACGAAUCGUGUAUUAAAAAAUUACUAGGCGCUAAUUUAGUACGAAUUGAGGCGUGUUAGAAGUUAGAGGCUGUUUGAAAAUAUAAAAAUACUGAGAAUUACAUACAAAUUGUUUUGGUAAAUAGAAUUAUUUGAGCUUCGACGACGUGACAAUAAAUGUUUAAGGGAGACACAAUGUUGCUAUGCUAUUUGCUGGUCAGCUCGCAGCUUAUCAGCGUCUUACCCCAAGCAAGUGACUCGAGCCGUUCGCCAGAAGCGUUUAAAGAUGCGCAACUUAAAACUGAAUCAGCUGCUUCCACUAACGCAUACAACAACGCCAACAAUAACAUUAUUAUUGCACAUGGCGAAAACACCAGCAGCAACAGCGACAAUAACAACAAUAGUGGCAACAAAGUUUACGCUGAUGAAUGGAGCGAUCGUGAUAAACUACUCUUCUACACGCUCGAGCAGUUCGCACUACUCUCCAACUUUACGGUCGAACAUGGUACCGAAGUUUUACGCAACGUACUCAAAGAUGCGGCCACACUAAUGGAGCCCACCGCCUCUUUAUUAGCACACCUGGGCAAUUUUUCCGAUUACGUCGCACGCGCUGACAAUGUGAAGAAAAUGGGCGAAGACGAAAAGGUGGGCGAACUAUACGACAUGGUCGUAUUAUUUACCGAGCUGGUAGAGCGGCAUAAUACGACGGCGCUCGGGAAUGCCACAACAGAGAAUAUGUACUUGGAGAUGUCGUUGAAGAAGAAUGGUUUGGAUAAGUUACAGGUGGAUUUUUUAGAACGCUUUCUCGUCUUCAGCGAGAAGUUUAACGCUCGUGUGGAUAGUUAUUUGACAAAGUUAACGGCCGAACAGCGGGCGAGUGAACGCAAAAUGAUCGAAUGGCAACAUGCGUUCAAUGCCGAAACGGACGCGGAGAAGAAAGUGGAGAUCUUUGCCAAGUUUUUCGAGUUGUACGCUUGAGCGUCUGCGCGUAUGUAAAAUGAAUUUAAACAAUUACAAUUAACAAUACUAAUUAUUAAUGCAUGUGUUAAUUAAUUAAUUAUUGCUACUGUUUUAAUUGCUGGAGUGAGCGUGUGUGCGAAUUAUAUAAGCAUUUUUAAGCAAUUAGCAAUGCAAGUGUUGAGAAAUUACCAUCACCGAGAAUACUAAUAGUAAAGUUAAAAAAACUGACAAUAGAAUGUUGUUUAAACUGUUUCUAAUAAACAGUUAAAUAUUAUAUUAUAUAAUAAAUAAAUAAAUAUGUACCGAAAAAUA